CACACACUCAGCACCGCGGCGCAACACAAACCGGACACACACAUCAAUGCAGCGGUGUGUGUGAGAGAGAGAGACUGCACGAGGAUUUUAGAAUGCUCAGUGGCUGGUGGGUGGAGUAAAGAUGAGUGUGACAUCAUGGUUUUUGGUGAGCAGCUCCGGCACUCGGCACCGGUUGCCGCGGGAGAUGAUCUUUGUGGGCCGUGAGGACUGUGAGCUCAUGCUGCAGUCCCGCAGUGUGGAUAAACAGCAUGCUGUCAUUAACUACGAUGCUGCUACAGAUGAGCACUUGGUGAAAGAUCUGGGCAGUUUAAACGGGACCUUCGUGAAUGACCUGAGGAUUCCUGAUCAGACGUAUAUCACACUCAAACUAUCUGACAUCGUUCGCUUCGGAUAUGAUAUCCUUCUGUCUAAACAUUCCCAUGUAUAUGUUCUGGAGCGGAGUCAACAUCGAGUACCGGAGGAGGCUCUGAAGCAUGAGAAAUACACCAGCCAGCUGCAGAUGGAUUUAAAAAUCUCUGAGCUGAAGAAGAAAGAACUGCAGGAUGAGAGGACGAAGACAGACAGGUCUGAUCGCAAGAGUGUCACAGAAGGCUCUGUGAGUCGUCCCACUCCUUUGUACGGUCAGCCCUCAUGGUGGGGAGAAGAAGAUUCAGGAAGUAAAGAUUUCAUUAACGAAGGACGUAAAACAGACGAGAGUCGAUCAGAAGUCCUGAAGGAAGAGGAAGUGAACAGCUCUCUUCAGGAAUUUCGUGAUGGCCAAAACAAGUCUACGUUCCUAUACCACCGAGAGCCAAGUUAUUUUGAAAUUCCCACCAAGGAGAUUCAAACACACUCCAAAUUUGCAGAAAUGGAGCUGAAUGACAUUCCCACUAAGGACACAGAUGUUUUACCAAAAUCCACUCCUCCUGUUUACCAGAGCCACGCCUCAUUCACCAUCGAGUUUGAUGAAUGUACGCCAGGAAAAAUGAAAAUCAAAGACCAUGUGACCAAAUUCUCCUCUCGUCAGCGCAGUAAACAGUUAAGCGCUAAGGUGACCAGUGCUGCACCCACUGAGGUCCAGUCUCCAGAGAGCAAGGUUGCUGAUUGGCUGGUUCAGAGUGAUGUUGGCAUGAUGUCAUCAAGACGGCCGACUAGCGAUGAUGUCUACAGCACCAAGAGUGACCUCGCGAUGCACAUCAGGACGCUCAAAGGUCACCAUCAUGAAGAUGGCACUCAAAGUGAUUCUGAAGAUCCUGUAAUAAAAGGAAAGAGGAGUAAAUCUCAUCACUUAGUCCAAUCGGAGGAAUCAAAUAUGCCAAAAAUACUGGAACCAUCUGAUUCUUACAAACCUCCAUCACCACCUAAAAGUAUUCAUGACUUCUCUAGUGUUCGUGAAGGAACUGGAGUAGAAGAACCUUCACCUUCAACUCAAAGCCAAAUGAAAUGUGGGCAUCAGGAACCUCUGAGUCAGCAGGCCUUUAUUAUUGAAUUUUUUGAUGAUAAUCCACGUAAGAAACGUUCCCAGUCUUUUACCCACAAUUCUGUGCAUGGUGACAAUUAUUCAGCUCUCAAAGCAAAACUAGAACGGCGUAAAGGAGGUGAAAGGCCUGCUUCUGUUCAUGGGAAUAUUCCUCCUACACAACAGAUCACAGUCCCUCUAAAGGGCUUAAGUCAUGGCAUUCAUCAAAGAUCGAGCUCACUAAAGAGGGAGAAAACGGAGGAUGCCGUGAGCAAGGGUGGCAUUUCCCCUUCGUCUUCGGGCACUUCCUGUUCCAUCACUUCCUCGUCCUCUCGCUCUUCCCCUGCAAUCAUCAUCAAACCUUUUGGCAGCAUUGGAAAGAAAUCUAAACUUGCUCAAGAAUUUGUUAACGAGUUUCUUAAUGAAUCCUCACCACCAAUGUCAGCACCACCAGUGAUGAUGUCACCAUCACACACCCAUCUUCCAUCUCCGGAGGACACACAUGUAUGUGCACCGUCCUCCAUGUCUUACCCGACCUCUCCAUCCCAAAUACACACACACCAUCUGCCCCAAACACUUCUUCCUGCUUCUUCUCCAAUUUCUGUCCCCUCUCCCCCUUCAUCUGUGGGUCCAGAUUCCAGCGUUUCAGCAUUACCUCAAUUUUCCACUAUAUUUGGUACUGAGGCAGAUUCUAAAGCCCUUAGAACACACCCUAAAGGCCCAGGGGCAAUUCGUACAGAGGAGGAGGACAGUUUGAGUGAUGCUGGAACUUACACUAUUGAGACUGAGUCUCAGGAUAAAGAAGUGGAAGAAGCUCGCAGUAUGAUUGAUCAGGUUUUUGGAGUACUGGAUGCUCCAGAAUACAGUGGUGUUUACAGACCAGUCAUCAAUGAGCAAGAUAUAUUAAACCAAAACCAAACUGAAAUCAUGCACACAUCAGCAGAAGAUCUUAAUGAUCUUAAUUCCAGCAUCAGUGGAGAUACAGAAAGCUUUCUACAGGCACAUUCUGACCUGAGUGCACCUAAGUGGGUGUCUCGGUGGGCGAGUUUAGCAGAUACUUGCAGUGACUCAGGAACUGCAAUGGCACCUUUAGGAAGUCCACCACAAGGAACCGUUUCACACAGAGAUGUAAAAGCAGUACUGAGUCAAACUGUGAAUCAUUCAGAAUCAGAGUGUACCCAGAGCUCCAAAACCAGACGUCUUCUUCCUCAAGUUCCUUCUGCAGGAGAGAAGCAGGAGAGUAAACCUCCCUGUAUUCUGAUCCGGACUGAACCAAGUGUAGAGUAUGAGCCACCUGAAAAAGUUUCUACUACAUCACAGCCAGAUUCCACUCAGAGGUUAAAGGUUCACGAAGAUGUGGAUCAGGAUAGCCUGAGUGACACCAGCCGUUCUGAUGAUAGCUCAAUCCUGGACAGGAGCUCAAAGAGUCAAGAGCAGUACAGAACGACAGCAUCAUUGUUAUCUGAAAACAUCCAGCCAAAAUCCACUUCUUUCUACAUUGGCUCUGAGGAGGGCUCCUACAAAUCAGAUGCUUCCCGGAGUCCGGUUUUUUCUCAAACUGAGCGAGCUCCUUCUCCCAAGAUGCCUCCAACUACUGUCCUGAUACGACACCUGAGUAGCCACGAAUCCAAGCGAGCUGUGAAGCCAAACUCAUCAGCACCGAAUCUCCAAACCCAUAACAAAGAUUCUGUUCCCACCAAAGAACCUUCAUCAUCCUCUUUCGUUCGCCAGGAGAGCUUCACCAAAGAUCGACCAAGUGACAACAUCCAGGUUAAAAGGUUGCCUCACAUCUCUAGUCAUCCCACUUUACGGGAUUUGGGCACCCUAGGAAGUGAACAAGAAGCUUUAUCAAAGGAAAAUAAACAAUCCACAUCUUCUCAAAGGCAGAUAAAAGGAUGUUCUCCUGAACAGGUUGAAGAUUCUCUUUCUGGUGAAUCAGAUGUGGAUACAGCUAGCACAGUGAGCUUAGUGAGCAGUAAAAAUGUGCCUAUUAGCACGGUUAAGAAGCGUACGUCAUCUACUGUACAUCGUAAGGAUAAAUCCUCUACGGGUUUGUCUUCUCAGGAGAAAACCAGACAACCAACAGCUCGUGAGCGACUUUCAGAAAAACGUCGCAAUCAUCCAAAUACGGAAAACAGCGCCGCUAAAUCUGAGCCUGCGCGUCGUCUCCAUUUACGCCGCAGCACUGGAAAUAGCGGCUCAUUAGAUUUUUCUGACAAUCAGCAGAUUCAUAGUCAAACUGAAACUGCAUCUUCUGAUCACGAAUCAACAUCACGACCUUCUAGUCGCAAGAAACUCUCAGUGUCUCUGCAAAACCAAGAUUCAAACAAAUCCAAUAAAGCGGCUCAUCAGGUUCUCACUCGGUCCAACAGUCUCUCGGCUCCCAGACCGACGCGGGCCUCCAUGCUGCGCCGCGCACGCCUUGGAGAAACAUCCGAUAAUGAAGGCAUGGAAACGGAUCGCACGUCUCAGGGGUCAGAACACACAAAAACCUCUGGAGACAGCAAAAAGCUCUCAAGAUUGGACAUUUUAGCUAUGCCACGUAAACGCACUGGAUCAUUCACCACCCCUAGUGAUAGCGAAUCACUGAACAAACAAACACACAUUCGUCCGUCUGAUGCUAACGCUAAUGGGCGGAGAAUGUCCGCAAGUGAAACAAAACCAACCAAUAAAAUUUCUCCAACAGCAGAGAAACAUUCGUCCAAUCACACACGCAACAAUCAGACUAAACACACGGGCACAAGCAGUUCUCAUCGGAGACAGAAAGGUUCAGAUUCCUCCACAUCAGAGGAAGAACGUGAUGUCAGCUCUAAAACUAAAUGCUCUCAGACUUCAACCUCCACACAGACACAAACUCCGCAGAGACUCGUUCCCACUUGUCUGGAAAUAGAGGAUGAUGAAGCACAAAACGAGCACUACCAGAACUGGACCAAUCAAAGUGCAGAGAUCGCCAGGCUGAGUCAGGACUUGGCCAAAGAUCUUGCUAUUCUCGCACGUGAAAUCCACGAUGUGGCCGGAGACGCUGACAUACACACACCUGCAGCGACGGGGUACAGCAGUCCACCAGGCUCCAUCCCACAUACACCUGCAUCCACUAUCUCCGCCCGAGAGGAGUUGGUGCAUCACAUUCCAGAUGCCAGUCUGAGUUAUCAAAAAGUUCCUGCAGGUUCCCCGAGUCCAGUGGAUCAGGACAGUGACGGAACCAAACGACGUCCUUGGAACAGAGAAGAGGUGAUUUUGGACAAUCUGAUGUUGAACCCAGUGUCUCAGCUCUCACAGGCCAUCAGAGAGAACACAGAGCAACUCACCCAGAAAAUGAAAUCUUUAUUCCACAAUACCACAGAUGUUUGGGAGGAUAUUGAAGCAAAAAUGAAUGCUGAAGAUGAAGUUCCUAUAAUUAAAACUUCCAACAAAGAAAUCUCGUCCAUCCUUCAGGAGCUGAGGAGAGUCCAGAGACAGCUGGAGGUGAUAAACUCAAUCGUGGAACCUGGAGGAGGUGUGAAGAUAACAGCACCACCUGCAGCAGGAAAAAAAAGGUCUACAUCUGCAAAUGCCAAACGAGGUGGUAAAUAUCCUGUGUGAGGAAUGUGAAGUCUGUUUUAGUCUAGUAAUAACUGCUGAAAAUGCCUUUAUGCUCUAUAGAUCUUUACUACGCUGAAAUAUAAUGCUGUAUUAAAUGUAAACCUGCUGCUUGCUUCGGAUAGAAGACAAACUGUGUGUGUUUGUGUGUGUGUGUGUGUGUGUGUGUGUGUGUGUGUGUGUGUGUGUGUGUGUUUCCAUAUUAGAUGUCAGCACAAGGGGAUGAGUGUGUGGCAGUACUAUAUCUGUUGACCUAAAUUCACUAAAUCCAAAAAUUCAUUGAGUUGGAUUUUUAUAGUUGAGGCAUUGUGUAUUUACCCACAAAGAAAAAAAGAUUUGUAAUGUAAACCUGUGUAAACCUGUAAAUGGGGCUAUUACUUGGUGGACUCGACAGAUUCGGAAACAGCGAAACAAACUGGCCAUAGUUCAGAUUUCUGCAGCAGAUUCUCUGUUACAGCCAAACACUUUAUAUAAAUUAUUUUUGUCACAGUUUAAAGUAGCUAAAACAUUUACAGACAUUUGUGUUCCGUAAUGUUAUACAGAUUUAUACAGUGCCUCCAGAAAAUAUUCAGCCCCUAGUGAUUAUUUCUCUUUUUGCUGUAUUGCAGCAUUAAAUGUGAAUAUGUUAGAAUGGGAUUUUUCUGCUCUUUUUGAAGUGACUGCUCACAGAAAUAAAAGUAAAUAUUUAGACGUCCCCAGGAUGAUGAGGUCUAAAACAACAUAAUUGAUGUGUUCAUCCCCUUUUAUUUUAGCAUCUAAAUUAGAACGAGUAUUUGUUUUUCAGAGUGCACAUUAAAUACGUUAAACAGGGUACACCUGUGUUCAUUUUAAAUCCACCUGCAUCAGAUUGUAUGCUUGCUCUCGCAGCUGAAAUGGCAGAUCAGAUCAGUUUUGCUGUCAUGAAGCUUGCCCAUGAAGAACUGCCCAUGAAGUUUUUAAAACCAUGGCAGUGCUUUGACUCUUCCUAGAUCUACUGUGAAAUUCAUUGUAAAAAGGGGAAAACAUAUGGAACAACACAGACUUUACCAAGAUCAGGCCAAACUGAGUGCUCAGGCAAGAAGUGCAAUUGACAGAGAACUGUCCAAGAGUCCAGCUACAACAGUGUUACAGAGCUGAAAUAGAAGAUCCUGGGCAGACCUCAAGAACAUCAUCAGCUCUUCACAGAUCCGGUCUCUGUGGGACUGUGGCCAAACGGAAGUCACUUGUGAGAAAGUCAGAAAACCUGAGAGCUUUUGGAAAAAGAUUUUGUGGUCUGAUGAGACUAAAGUGGAGGCAUUUGGUCUCAAGCUGAAUCAUAACAUUUGGCACAAACCAAAUACAUCCCAACACCCAUUUAACACCACUCCUGUGAUGAAGCAUGGUGGUGGUAUCAUCAAGCUCUAAUUUUGCUUUUGAGCAGGAGGAACUGGAAAGUUUGUUUUCAUCACAGGAAACAUGGAUGAAGCCAAAUAUGAGCAAAUUGUUGAACAGAACCUCUUCCAAUCUGCCAAAACCUGCAUUUAGGGCUAAAAUACAUGGUCCAAUAGGACAAUGACCCAAAUCUCAGGGCAAAAGAAUUUCUGAGGUAAAGAUACUUUUUAAAUAAUUCUGAGAACCUAUAAAUAUGUUUUAUUUUAUGAUGUCGCAAUACAGCAAAAAGAGAAGUCAUAACUAGAGGGGUGAAUAAUUUCUGGAUGCACUGUAUAACUCCCCUCCCCAUGUAAAAUUAUAAUAUAUAAUAAAUGUGUGGUGCAGUGCAUUCUGGGUAUGUUGUCAAAUUGGCCAACAGAUGAAGGGGGAGUGGACGAGGGGCGUGCUAAAACCAGGACUGGAACACAGACAGUGAUGUUAUUUGGUGUUUUAGGUUUUAGGUUAAUCGUUCCUAGGAAUCUGCAUUAUAACUGUGCUAUGCAUUAACAUACACACACGCGCAGACACACGCACACACACGCACACACACACACACACACACUCACACACACACACACACACACACACACACACAGAGAGAGAGAGAGAGAGAGAGAGAGAGAGAGAGAGAGAGAGAUAACUGUGUAUAAGUAUAUAUUACAUUUCCUGGUGCAUGAUGUAAAUGAUAUGAAUGUGACUCAAUGCUAAUGAGAAUGUGGCUAAAGCUAAACAGCACUAAGCAGCUCAAUGCAACAGAAAUAUAAUAAUGUGAGUUGAAAUAUAAUAAAAUUACAGUAUUUAUGAAGGUUUGCUUCAAAAAUACUGUACAAGAACAAAAAACAGUGACAGCAGCAUCCAGAAGUUUCAUCAGUGAAGGAACAUUUGCACCUUUUACUCGCAGAUCCACAAUUUACAGAGAUUCAUUAUUUAACUUAAUGAGCUUCUUUAAACACUAAUAUUCUAAUAUUAAUAUUCUGCCUUAGACUCCGCCCCCUUUAACACUCGUGUCACUCAUUAGGAACCUUUUUAUUAUUUUUACCCCAAUUUAUGUCUCGUGAGGAUUUAAUACUGAAAUUGUACACCUUGGUAUUUGGAACUCGAAAACUAAGUGCUACUCGGACAUUAUGUGAGUCGGAGUGGGGGCGGAGUUUGUUUAACCCAGACGCGUGCCUCAGUUGCGUGGGAUUCUGACCUUGAACUCAAGCACAUCGGCUCAAAUAUUAAGUGCAGCUGUCUGACAGUUUAAUGUAAACGCAAUAUGUCACAUUGAAAUGUAUGUUUUUUCUGUAAAUCCACUUAAAAAAAAAUUUCCCGUGAUCUCGACUUAAUUUUCCUGUGCACUGGACAUCCAUAUUUUGAAUGGGUUUUUUGGUUAAUGACUGAAAUAAGGUCUGUGGUUAACACAAGCUCAAGAUAUGUUCACGUUUUAUACUACAUCAAAAAAUACAUCAGUAAUACCCCACUCAGAAUAAAAAAAAGCUUUUACGUGUCUUGAAAAAGACGGUUUCUAACAAGUGGCUAACUUUUACUACGGAGGUUGUCGGGGACAUUAAACGUCAUCAUGCUGAACAGGAAGUCUCAUCUACUACAGCCUUGCUGUGUUUAUACUAACACUUGUGCAAACUAUUUCAACUCAAACUUCCCAAUUUGUAGAUUUAUCAGUUUAUAGUAUUUCCCAGUUGUAUUGUUUUUUUUAAAUAAAGACUGAAAGAGUUGUAGUGGUGUAGUGGUGGUGACGUUGAAGUCAUACGACCGUGGUGUAGUUCGUUUAUAGUCUAACAUUAGCUUUUUACUUCUGGUGAGUGUAUAGGCGUCAAAAUCUUAUGAAUCUUAUCGUAAUGAACAAGACAUGUAAGAAUCAUAAACUUUUGUCGGUCACAGAGUUUAUUUUCUGAAAUAAUUCAAAAGCCAAUGGAAAAACCUUACUAGCUUUGUGUGAAAGUAACCAGGGUGAUGCUAACUUCUGGGGUGGUCUACAAAAAUACAUAAUUCCUGCAGGACUGACGAUUUCCACAUUAGUGUCUGACACUUGAGAAGGGACACACACCCCUCUCUCUCUUUUAAUGCUGAGAUAUCUCUACAGCGGGCAGUUAUUACAUUUGUGAUGGAGAAGAUGCCAAUGUGCAUGAAACACCAGUCCUAUUCACAAAGGGCCAGAUUCUCUCAGGAUAAAAUUACAUCGUGAGAAAACAGCUUUCAUGCAUGGCCGCUUAGGGCUUCCGUACAUUUGAGGAGAAUAUUACAUACAUAAAUAUAACACUAUUCAUUAAUGAAUAAUAUUCUCACUUUAAAAGUCUACAAAAAUCUUUUUUAAUCAGAGAUCUCAGACAUUGUUUAUAUAGAUAAAAUUAUGAAUGAACUUAAAGGUUCUCUGUAAGUGUUGCAUGAGCACUUGGUCAGCUUUUCCUUCAAAGCAUGAGCCUCCUUUACAGGAGAGCAUAUCGACACGUUCAAAUUUCAUGACCUCAAUUUAUUAAAAAUAUCAUAAAAUACAUAUUAUUUUUGCCUGUCAAGUAACUGAUGUUUCAUCUCUAUUGAAAAACCCUGCUUCUGUCUACUUCGGAGGUGUGAAUUACAUGCAGGUGGUUUUAAUAAUCUGGAUGUGAAGCUCAGAAAAUUCACUUAAGCAGCUGCGUAACCCGACUCUGAAUACCAGCAACUUUCCCCGUGAUGUAACUUUUGGGCUUACUCCGAAUACCGUCCUCUGAUUGGUACACAGUGAUCAUGUGACAAAACGGUGAGAAUAUUUAAUAACUGAAGAAUUUGACCAACUCUUGGUAUUAAAUUUAGACUUUUGGUUGACUGUGUGUGUGUGUGUGUGUGUGUGUGUGUGUGUGUGAGAGAGAGAGAGAGAGAGAGAGAGAGAGAGAGAGACCGACCGAGACCUACUCACUGCAAACAACAUAGCUCACAUUCUUUUACUGAACAGUUAACAGAUAAUUUAAUUCAUAUUAUUUCUCACAGAUCUAAUAAAUUAGUUUGUUUAAAUGUUUAUUCUAAUCAAGAUAGAUUCAGAUGAUUCAGUUUCUUGUUCUAUUCAUAAAAAACAUAAAUGACAUCUGAAUAAUCAUCUCAAGCUGAUUCUGGUUUUAUGUUUAUAUUUAAGGUAGGAGCACUGAGUGAAAACUGAAUCAGAUUCUGAUUGAGACAUUAAAUCAGAUGAUUCAGAAUUUGGCUCUCAUUAAGAUUCAGAUCUAAUUUCAUGAAGAGCAGCAGUACUGAAUGAAUGUAGACAAACAAAGUUUUGGUUAAAAUUAUUUACUAAAUUAAAAGUUGUAGUAGAACAUGUGUAAGAAAGUGAUUAUUGAUCAUUAUUCAGAAGUGAGAAUAUUUGUGAGAAUUUUUUUUGUUGUUGUUGAUUGCAAAAUAUUCCUAAAUCCAACUUAAAUCCAGUGUUUAGCACUAUUUAUAAUCAGAUAAAUAUUAAAAUAUUGUUUUUCUGUUGCAUAUUUAAAGUAGCCAAAAGGAAUGUCUGAAUCUCUACCAGGAAAAGAGACAAAUGUUGAUAUUUCAUCAGAAAAUUCUGGAAAAAUGUUAAAUGAAUUAAAAUUUUAAAAAAUGAAUUUCAUAAUUUCAGUGAGCAAUGUUUAGACUUGUAAUGAUUGUUGUUAACUUUGCACCGAGUGUGUAGACAGACGUGUGUAUUAUCCUGUGAACAUUAUGUGUAGCAUUAUUUAACAGUGUCCAUGAACAGCAAUGUUUUUAUUUUUAUUUAUAAAUUAGUACAGCAGCUGAAACACCACAUUCUGUGCAGAACAAAUGUCUUUUUAUCAGUUUAAUUGUUUUUUUAUAUUGAGUAGAUUUUUUUAAAUAACUUAUUUUAUCAUUAUCUUUAUUUAUUUAUUUGUGUGUGUGUGCGCGAAUGUUUUUUGUUCAGAUCUGAGUAUUAAAGAUGUGUAUCUGUAACUUUAUAAUGUUAAUGUUCUGUAUAAACGUUCUCUAUAAAGUGUUUGAGCUGCUCUUACACGCUCUCUCUCUCUUUUACACACACACACACACACACACACACACACACACACACAGUCUCCUGUGAAAGUAUUGGAACGACAAGGCCAGUUCUAUUGUUUUCGCUACACACUGACAAUCAGAAGAUGAAUAUGAGACGAUGGAUCAGAAUUUCAUCUCGAUGUGUUAAACAAAUUAGAACAUGACACCUUCGGUUUGAACACACCCAUUUUUCAAUAGAUCAAAACUAUUGGAUUUUUUUCAUGUAUUGGAAUACUUGACCUCAAAACCUUCCAAUCAGUCGUCCAACAUCUUAAGCACUGAGCUAGCACGGAUCCCACCAUGCUGUCAUUCGAGUACUUUCAGAGGGGACUGUAUGUACACACACACUGCACUGCUGGUUUUAUGUUACUGGUGUGUUUUUAUUCACUGUUUGGACUGUAAAAUUUUCAUUACAUUUACAAUAAAUCAA